AGUGUGUACACACACAUAGGCAUACGCAGCAGGCUUUGGCAUGUUAAAAAGGGGCUGAACACUUUUUCCAACACAUUCCACAGACAAGCACACCACUGCAUGCAGGAGGAAGAAAUCAAACGCAUUCACCAAUUCUCUCAUCAGUAUCUCAGUGAGUUGAUAAAUGGCAGAGAAAGACUUCAGGCCUUUAUCAGAGGAAACCAGUUCCUUCUGUCUGGCUACUGAGGCUCGUUCGGGGGUACAAGUCACGCAACCCUUCCCACGCUCUCCAAAACUAAUCAAGAGAACUGGAGCCGUCUCUCCAAAACCCUUUGAGCUGCCAGUCUUGUUGGAGGACUUGAAGAAGGAGAGGAAAAAAACAGAAUCUCAUCUGGAAUCUGUUAAAAAGCGGCAAGCAAACCUCACAACGAGUUCAGAGGCGAUGAAGCAGCAGGUACAGGAGUGCUACGAGGGUCUACAUUUGGCUCUGCAGGAGGAUGAGCGGGCCGUUCUGGACAUGAUAGAGCAAGACCGCCGGGAAACCAGCAGCAAACUAAAUCGAAUUCUUCAAGACUGGAAUCAGCACCUCUGUCUCCUGCAGAAGCACAUCUCCUGCAUGCAGUUGGUACAAAGCCCAGAGGAGGCCGUGAAGCAGCCAUUUCCUGAGGAUUUUACAUUGGCAGGCUGUCGUAAGAAGCCGGACCCCGCUGAAGGGGAAAUCAAAAUGAAUGAGGAAAGAAUCCUGAAGCUCAUGAAGGUUCUUAGAAACAUCUCAAAAGAUCUGAAGGCCCAGCUACAAAGAAAGAGCCUGCUUCUGGACUCCUGUAAUGUGGCGAUUGACAAUCAGACCUGCCACAAGCAGAUCAAGGUGAGCUCAGAUGGACGUAGUCUGUGUCUGUCCCCAGAGGAGCGCGGCGUCCCCAAUGAGCCUGUGAGGUUUGAUCAGCUAUACUGUGCACUGGGAUCUACUGCUAUUAAAUCUGGCCAGCAGUACUGGGAGGUGGAUGUGCACUGCUGUCCGUCAUGGGCUGUGGGCAUUACCUACGGCAGCUUGCAGAGGAGAGGAAGAGACAAAGGAGCCAAACUGGGGCGAAACAGGUGCUCGUGGAGUCUUGAGUUUCAGAAUGGGAAUCUGACAGCCUGGCAUAAUGAUCGACACAUGCCGCUACCCGUCACUGCAGCUCGGGCAGCACCGAACAGAGUCGGGGUGUUUGUGAAGUACCAGAAGGGUCGUGUGGUGUUCUAUGAUGCUGAGAGCAUGAGGACGCUGCAGGAGUUUUCAGCAGUGCAGACAGCUGUGUUUGACAGAGCGCAUCAUCAGUUUACUGAGCCGCUUUACCCAGCGUUUCGCUUCUUUUCACCCAAAGAUAAGCAUACAGGCCAUCAUCAUAUGCAAAUAUGUGACCUUAGUCUUUAAUACAGGGUGUCCGCGGGGUCUUAAAAUGUCUUUAAUUUCAAAAACUACAUUUAAGGCCUUAAAUUCACUCAAAUAUUGCCUUGUAGUUCUUAAGGCAUUUUAAACAGCUCUUAAACAAUUUAUCUAAAAAAAAAAACUUUGAACAAAACUUCAUUGAUAACUUGAUUUACCAAUAUGGUUUAAUUAACUAACUUACAAUAACAUUUGUUUAAAAGUUAUCUGUUUAUUAUAGCCCAUAUGUGCUGAGGACACAGACCUGGACAGACUGUUGUGAACACAUUUACAUUAUUAUAGUUUUUUUUUUCUUUGUUGAAAAUAAUAUGCAUAUACAGAACUAGGGUUUGCUUGUUUGACACAUUAUUUUUAAAUAUGUGGCUAAGAAUUGUUUUGGAUGGGGCAAGUAAACAUCUUUUCUGGGGCCGUUAGAAAAAAUCCUUAGUGUUUAACCCUAUAUAAGUCUGAAAUUUCCUUCAUAAUGGACUUAUAAAAACCCUGCGGAAACUAUGUAAUAAUGUUUGAAGACAACUACAACUCCGAUUUUUGGGGUCGGUACAUUUUUCUAACGUUUCUGAAAGAAGUCUCUUUAGAAUUUAUAUAGUUAAAGUGAAAUCGAAGAUUCAUUCAGAAGCUAAAACCUCUGAACUUUUUUCAUUGACUAAACGGCAAAAGCACCCGUUUUUAGACAAAUGUUUUGUCUAAAAUGUUAUUUUUAUAUAAUAUAUAUACUAUUUUUUAUACUACUAAACACUCCACUUUAGCACGUUAUCAAUAUACUUAAGUCUGCUUCAGCCAUAGUAUGACAGCAAAGUUCCUUGAUUACCAUAGUGCUGGGUGUAACAGCAGAAGACUUUAAAUAGAAAAAUGACUGCAAUGAUUUAUUGAAUUUUUGGAGCGAGAUGCUAACAGUUCCUGCCAGAUCCGGAGAUCGGCUAAAUAAAUUUAAAAAAAUACUAAAACUCAACUGUUUAACUCCAGGGGAGUUGUACAAUUCGUAUAUUUCCCCUCAAAAAGUGGAGUUUCCUUUAAAAACAACACUUUUUGUCAAGUUUUUUUUUGUGAAUACAAGUGAACAUUUUAAGCUUAACAGUUACAUAUACAACCUGAGUUAUGGUACCAAAGUAUUAUAAAUUCAACCAGUUAAAAAGUACAGUGGCAUUACCAGUAUUUUGAAGCCUCAGUAUUUCAAUAGUACUACCAUAGUACUGGUAAAUAUGCAACUCUAAUAUAUAUAUAUAGAAUAUAUAAUGCUUUAUAAAUAAUAGUGACACAAUUUACUGGAUUGACAAAUUACAGAGCUGGGGCCUGUACCAUGAAGCCGGAUUAGCUGACUAGCAAGUUAAAGUAAGUUUCAGUUUAGUUUGCACUAAUUCUGGGUUUCAGGUACAAUGAAGGCAGCACAGCUGUUUGUUGUCAUGGAAUCUUACGGUACACAGCUAACCUGCUCCGAGACAGGUUAUGUUCUGGUUUAGAGAUUGUAAACCGAGCACAUUUUAUAUACAGAUGCAAUUUAAAGCUUUUUUUCAGGAGAUAAAGCUUAAAAAAGACGACCUAUGAGCUUAGAUUUCUGAUUCUCUGUAUUCCUGUACAGUACACACAUAAUGUCAACCAUACAAAAUAACCUCACUUACUAAUAGGGCAAACUUUUUCUUUUAGCUGUCCUCUUUCAUGGACAGCUCUUUUCAUCUUGCUGUAUAAAUAGUUUUGUAUUUUUUUUACAUCUUUUAAAUAAUGGGUUUAAACAGAUUAAAACAUA